AUGUCGAUAUCUCAACAAACAAAUGCUGCUGACGCUGAGCAACUCACUGGCUCAGCACAGCAUAUCGAAUAUGCCGAUACACACAACGCUUUCCAUGCUGGGAUGCAUCAGGAACAACAAACUGGCACAGAGCAACUCGGCUAUGUCGGGCCAUGGCCUCUGAGGCGUAGCAGUACCUCCAGCUGGACUGUCGUCAGUGGGGAGACUGUAACUACGAGGGCUUCGGGUUUGAGUCGUACCGGCAACUCUACCAACCCGUUCGCCGCAAGCUUUCAUCCCGAGAAUCCCUUCAGCGACAUAUAUAGAUCAGAAGGCUCGAGUACCAGGAUGAUGGAACGAAGUAUUGAUGUCACGGACUCCCGGUCACCAAGCCUUAUAUCGGAGUUGACAUUGACUCUGGAGCAAGUCGACCAGCAAGGCGCUGCGAUACAGCGCAUUUUGAAAAGAGGGGCGACCGCCGCAAGCAAUGACGAGGCGGAGGGGAGAAGUAACUUCUGGGGUCGGAUGACGGGGCGGCCCAUAGAUGCUCCAACUGCUUCUGAAAGACGAGAGCCGCAGCACCAGACGGCACAACCUUCCAGGAUCCAGUCACAACAGCAAGUGCCAUCAGACAUCGAACGUGAAGCGGCUGCCACCACUCUCAGCCAGCUCGAAGCAGAGGAUUGCCGAGCAUGCAAAGAACAAGCCUCCGCUGCAUUCGCAGGGAAGUGCAUGUUGGUGGUCACGGCGGGCAUCCUUGGGACAAGUCCGUACUUGAUUUACUACUGGUUCUCGGAAGAGUACAACCUGGCCACUGCGAUGAUGAAGGAGAAACAAAAGACCUUCCUGUUCUUAUCAUUGCUGGCCAUCCCGGUGACUGCAGCGUUGAGCCUGGUAUUCCUAGCUUGGCUGGGCUUGAAUUCCUUGGGGCCGACGAGACGACGAGUCAGUGGCGGAGUCGAAUAUUUCAAGCUUUGGGCGAGCUUUGCAUUUCUCACCUCAUGUAGCUAUUUCCUCAUUGCUACGUUGACCUACAAGUAUGUGAAAUGA